AACUCCUCGUCUGACCACCCCCACUUCUCCCGUUCCCGUCGUCCUCCUCGCAUCCCCUCUUUCUUGUGUUUCCUUGCGUCAAACCCCAAAUCCCCCGUCCGUCGCGAGCCGCCGGCGCCGUCGCCGUCGCCGGGCGCCAUGGGGACGGAGGUGGGUGCUGUGGUGGACCUCCGGGCUCUGACGCAGUCGGAUCUCGUGGCGCUCGCGGCCGCGUCGCCGUACGCCGUCGACCCCCGCCUUGGCCGCCGGCGCGAUGCUGACUUCCUACCGCCCCCUAAGGUCGAUCGAGCUGUCUUCAACGAGAGCGCCGGCUCCCGCAAGCAGACCUUCUCCCGCCACCGCGUCGCCACCAACAUCUCCCACAAUCUGACCACCAUCACCGCCUCCUCCUCCUCUGCCGCAGCUGCCCCCACCGAGGAGGACUCCGAGAACCGCCUCAUUGUGUUCCACCUCCAAGGCCUCUUCGCGCGCGAUGAUCCCUCGUACCCACCUCCGCCCCCGAUUCCACCCCGACCGCAAACCCUAACCGCACCAGCGACAACAGCACCCGCGCCCCCGCUCCCCACGCCGUCCCUGCCGCCACCGCCUGCGGCGGUGGACCCUGACAGCGAGCUGAUGAAUCCGAAGGGUGUGGCAGUUAAUCUGGCGAGGCUCGCGGAGCUGGUGGACCCGUACGGGGAGGAGCUACGGAAGCGGACGGCAGGAUUGGGGGCGGAGUCCGAGCUGCUGGAGUUCAUGAAUGCACUGGAAGGGCAGUGGGGUAGCCGGAGGCGUCGGAGGAAGUUCGUUGAUGCCGGCAUGUUUGGUGACCAUCUGCCCCGUGGGUGGAAGCUGCUGCUUGGGCUCAAGCGUAAGGAGCGUGCCGCAUGGAUUAAUUGCCGCCGUUAUGUGAGCCCCAAAGGACAUCAGUUUGCUACAUGCAAAGAAGUGUCUUCCUAUCUCAUGUCUCUUAUUGGAUAUCCAGAGGCAAAGCCAACUGCCACUCAGAGUAACAGUGCAGUAGUGCAUGGCUUGGAUGUUCUUAGUUCUGUAGGUCUUCACCAGCAAACCGAUUCAACUGAGGAAAAGCAAAUUGCAAUGCCAGUUACUUUGUUCAGUCACUCGGGUGAUUCUCAUCAACAAAAACUUCUGAAUGAUGAAGUUCGGAUAGAAGCGAACAUAAAGGGGUGCCAGAAAUGCAAUUUAACUUUUCAGGACCAGAGUGCCUAUAUGCAACAUCAGUUAUCCUUUCACCAAAGGAAAGCUAAAAGGUGCAGGGUUAGUAAAUCUGGCGAACUGGGCACCAGCAUAGAUGGAAAGUUUGAGACUCAAGAAUGUCAGAAGACCUCUGAAGAGGGACCUGGCCAUUUUGGUGGUGUUGCUGAUUUAAGGUAUCAAGUUCAGAGUCCAGCAAAAUUGUUUGAUGGGGCUUUUUCGGGUGAGUUAGGUGGUCAACCAUCAUUGGUUGCAGUGCCACGUGGGUUUCAGGAGAUGACUGCACUGUCACAACAGGAAAAAGAACCUUCUGCUCGAGAGCCUGUCUCUGGGAAUCAUAAGGACUCGCUUCAGGAGAUGACUGGCUUUCCUGUACAGGAAAAAAGACCUGCUGCUGGAGAAUCCAUCUCUGGGCAUCAUAAGGAUCCUCUCAAGGAAUUGUCUGGCUUUCCUGAACAGGAAAAAGGACCUGCUGCUGAAGAACCCGUCUCUGGGCAUCAUCAGGACCCUGCUGACAAUUAUGAUGACCAUAAAACCCAUGAUGGAGCAUGCCACGAUGCUGUAGCGCUUCUUGGUACUGAUGCUGAAGGCAAAUUUAAUACUUGCAACUCCGCAGAUGUUCAUGAGAAUGACAGCACAAGAGAUUUAGAACGUUCCAACUCAUAUUGUUCCCAAAACUUCAACAGGCUUGAUGAAACUUGCAGCAUACCUAAAGAGGUUUAUCUGAGUACAGAUGAUCCUGAUGAAAGCAAACCCAUAGAUGAUCCAAUGGAAUGUGCUGAUAUAACACAACCCAAACAAGUUUCUGAGCCUUGUGAUCUACUGCAUGGCAAAUUUGGCAGUUCUCCUGAAGAAAAUAAUUUUGAUAACCAGCUAGAAAGUAAACCACUUGCUAUAACCGUGGAUGAGCCUGAUCUGAAUCCCACAAGCAUCGGAAAUGACAAGCCUGUUGAGGACAAGAUUAUGGAUUGUGAAAUGACUACUUUGAAAGAUGAUGAGAUCAAAAGUGGCCUACGAAUAAAGGAUGUAAACCUCAAUUCAUGUUUGGAUACAAUAUCUUCUCCUGUUUCUGGUGGAAACUAUGAAACAUCUAAUACUCCCGAUGACGCUACUCGAUCAUCCAUUAUUGCCCAAUGCUUUGGUGCUAGCUCUAAUGAUGACAAUGCUUGUAAGGAUGGAAACUUUGCCAACCAGAACAGUGCUUCGGAGGGUGAAAAUUUUGUCAAUCAGAAAAAUGGCAUGGUGUAUCAGUCUAAUUUGAACAUGGGCCCUAUCCCUCCUGCUCAAAUUAGUGUGGAUUGUUUCACUUCUUCCUGUUCAAUGACUCCUGAAAUCAAGAACUAUGGAAACAGAUGUGAAGAUAAUGCCAAAGAAGCAUUGAUGAACUCACGGAACAUGACAAGUAAUGAUACGGGUUUUGAUGCUGAAGCUUAUAACAAUGAUAUAUUCAAUGGUACCAUCACAGAAAGUAGUCUUGCCCAGUUGAAUAAUGCCAUUAAUAUGAAGACUGAUUUUGCAAGCUGCUACUCAUUAUCUGAGCUAAACACACUGACUGGUGGUGCUGCAACUGAUGAAAUUGAUAUCCAUGGUAUGAGGAGUUCUUUUGUUAGCUCCACCAGUCGCAAUGGACCAAAUGAACAUUGCACGCUGGAUUUUGAUAUCAAAGGUUCCAUGCUUGAGGCACUGGAAAAAUCUGACAGUGACUUGGAGAAUCAAUACAACAGUGCAGGUCCUUCUUGUGACUCACUCCCUGCAGCUGGCACAAGUGGGAACAUUGAUGAUUUUAUGUCCAUGCAAACCAAUUAUGGUAGCUUUACCUCUUUGGUUCGUGCUGUUGAAGAUGUUCCACUGAGCAGGAUUAUUCAAGAUCAGUGUGAUUUGCAACUUGGAUUUGGUGGCCCGAAGCAGCCGAUGUAUCCUAGCUUUGAGCAGCAGCUAAGGAUGGCAUCAGCUGGAGCUCCACCGUACGGGAGCAUGAGCAGGCAUGAUGCGGUACCUGUUCCCGAGCCAACGCUGAUGCUAGGUUAUGCGCCACAGCUCGGUAGCUGCCCUCCGUUCCAGUCAGGCUGGGGGCCGUCCUUGUCGAGGAUGGUCGGCGGGUGCGUGCUCCAAUCCAUAUGCGUGUGGUGCAACAGUCAGUUCCAGCAUUUGGGCACCGUCGCUGAGCAGCAGGCUGAUUCUCUUGGCUACAUUUGCCCGGCAUGCAAGGGGAAGUUCUCUGGUCAUCUUGGAAUCAAUGGGCCAUCUCUUUAGCAUCCAAUUUCACAUCUUGUUGCUGAACUGGUGCUCUUCGUCCAUUAGUUUCUUGUUUGGUAUGAGGCAUGUUGCACGGGUUGGAGUAAUUUAUUUAGGAACGGUGGAGUAUGUGCCCGCUUGAACUUUGUGACUUCGUGCUAAGGAAUGAACGCAGGGAUGGAGCUAGAAAAAAUACA